AUGGCAAAAGUGCUGAAUGUAGGCUAUUUUAAAACAUGUGGACAUUAUGUGGCAUAUUGCAAGAACGAAGUGGAUGAUAAUUGGUACGAAUAUGACGAUAGUGUUGUGACUCGUGUGGAAGUGGCUGAUAUCCUGACCAAAGAAGCGUAUGUACUGUUCUAUCAGAAGCGGCCAACGGAAGAUAUGGCUGAUAUUAUGAAUCGUGUGAGACAGCUGCUUGUGAGGGAUUUCGUUGAAAACAACAAGGUAAGCCCUACUGAAGGGUGA